AUGAGGUCCGUUUCUGCUCUCUGGAGAACGAUCGGGAUGGUCGUGACGGUGGCGUUCAUGUCGGCGUGCAGAGCGUCGGAGUACGAGUACGUGACUUGGAAGGUGGAUUUUUCUUCGAGGCCCAUCUACGGCAAGUCCCCCCAGUGCGUGGGGAUCCCGGAGGACCUGCGGCUCUGCCACGGCGUGGGCUACGCCGAGAUGCUGCUGCCCAACCUGCUGGAGCACGAAACGAUGGGGGAGGUGAAGCAGCAGGCCAGCAGCUGGGUGCCGCUGGUGCACAAGAGGUGCCACCCGAGCACGCAGGUCUUCCUCUGCUCGCUCUUCGCACCCGUGUGCCUGGAUCGCCCCAUCUACCCGUGCCGGAAGCUGUGCGAGGCGGUGCGGGACGGCUGCACCCCGAUCAUGGAGGCGUUCGGCUACCCGUGGCCGGAGAUGCUCAUCUGCGACAAGUUUCCCGAUCAUGACGUGUGCAUUACCAUGGCGCCCAACGUCACCGAGGCCCCCGAGACUACAGGCCCCCCUUCCGUCUGUCCUCCAUGUGGCAAUGAAAUGAAAACAGACACCAUGUUGGAGCACAUGUGUGCCAGCGAGUUUGCUAUCAAGGCCAAGAUAAAGGAGGUGAAACGAGAAAACGCGGACCGCAAGGUGAUCCUGCAAAAAAGAAAGAAGUUGAUAAAACAGGGGAACCUGAAGAAGAAAGACCUAAAAAAGCUGGUGUUGUACUUGAAGAACGGCGCGGACUGCCCAUGCCAACAGCUGGACAACAUAGCGAACCAGUAUCUAAUCAUGGGCCGGAAGGUGGAUAAGCAGUACCUCCUCACAGGCAUCCACAAGUGGGACAAGUCCAACACGGAGUUCAAAAAGGCCAUGAAGACACUGAAAACCCACCAAUGUCCUGAAUUCACACACACAUUUAAAUAGUACACCCGCAGCCCCCGAAUCUAGUUGAAUUGCAUUCUACAUUUGAACUGGCAAAAGCACCGCCAAACUUUGCUUUCUGUUGUUCUGUUUAUAUUCCUACAUAUCUCUGUAUUUUUACACAUAUUCUUCAGAAUGUCCGCUGCUCGGUUUAGGAUAAACUCGGCGGUGAAUGACGACAAAAGGUGAAUUUAAUGUGAGCCCUUCAGGUCAAGGGGAAAGACUGCCGAGUCAGAGGGUGGGUUGGUUUUUCUGACCAAACGCUUGUAUUUCUAAAAGUUAGAUUAAUUCUGCUUACAAGUUUUCUACGGUAAAUAUAAAGUCAUGUCAAUUUUAUUUUGAUGUAUGUAGCUGAAAGUAGCAAACAUUAUAUAAUUGUUGCUAUGGAUAGGCCUUGCUAGCAUGUUCCUGCUUCAAUGUGCUAACGUCGGCUAACCCUGAAAAGAGGCAAGAAAACCUAUUCUUGAGUCUUGAGAACUUAUUGUUUUAACCUAUAUGUGUGUGCUUGAGCUUUGACAGUGACAAAAAGUAUGAGAUAUUGCUUCUGUAUGAUAAAUACAUGUCAAGCUGAGCGAAACACAGUUAGCAUUGAGGAAAUGCUUUUUGUUGGGUUUCAUGAUGCACAUUGCGAAGUCUGCUUUAGUAUCGGUUCAUGUGUUUUUCUGUGUGUUUAAAAUGCUAAAUCUGGCACAGUGUAUCUAAACUUGGUGUUUAUGUCUGUUCUGCUUUGACAUUUCCACUUUAGCACAAUUUCUUUUUUCAUAUUUGAAUGUCAGUAUUGCUCAUUACGUAUACUGUACAUAUAUAAAUUUGACAUAAAAUAUGAAAAAAUAAAACAGUGUCACAAAGUAUUAAUUCACUGUA